AUGCAAGGUGAAAUCCCAUUACUGGGCAAAGUCCACCUAACACUACCGGCCAUACCGCGAAGGCCGAAUUCAUACACAGCACAGUCGAUCCGCCUUCCCUAUCUGCCGGCAUGGUUGGAAUAUAGUGAGAUCUCGAGCUCGAGCGCGUACAUGACUGGAUACGGAGAUGGGAGAUCCUCUUGGAAUGCGCCAUUGAAACGGCCAGCACGCAUUACGUGGACCUGGGAGAAAGCGAGGCAAGGCGCCAAGAAUGGUUUCAGGCUCGGCAACAUACAUGAGCACAGAAAGAGAAAGAAACUCGGAAAGACCGAAAAUAAAAGAAGAGACGUAAAGAGACUAGGUGACCAUUCAGACUCCCACAGAAGUGUUGCUUUCGCAAACGGAGAGCAGCGCGAGGAUGAUGAAGACGAUGCAUCGAAAGAACGUCUCUUGUACCAUUGUUCUGGUACUGUUGCAAGAGCAUACGGUUAUCAUCGCUCGAUUUGUCAAGAAAGUCAGGAGACAUGUGCUACCUUAGCAGGAAUGGUUCCGUACAAUAUGAGAAUCUGCAUUGUCGGCUUGAGAGGACCUGGGCAGUACAUGGUUCCCCUCCGUUUAUACAGAUUUCCUGCCGCAACCCACUCUUGCGCUAGAUUAGGAGAUCAAUCACAUUACAUUCGAGCUCAUGGAUUGGGACGCGACGAAACCAUGAUGUCGACUCUUUCGAGGUUCACAAUGGAUGUGUGGCGUGCCAGAUGCCGUAUGUACAUAUCCGGCAUCACGACACGCGUUGGUAACAUCGGUCUCAUCCCUUCUGGGGCAAACUGCCGGUCGCCCACAGGACAGCCAGAUUAUUCGUUGAUGGACUUGGCCACCGACGAACCCGACUAUAUCGAAGUUUACCAUCACAUUUCAUUUCAUCUUCAUCAUCCUCACACGCGGCCUUUCACCCCCAAUUAUGGUCCUGCAGUUCUGGGAAUGAGGCCACUUUCAGAACUCCAGCGAGCAUGCACUUCUCGCCAGCAGCUCGUGCCUGCGCUGGCAUCUGUCUCAUAUGUCUGGCAGAGUAGCAGCCAGACCAAUGAAGAUGUUAGAUCGUGCAGCUUAAGUUCAUCAAGACAUGAUCUGCGUGCUGUACCCCCAGACAAGCCUGCUUUGAAGCCGCAUCCUGAACAUGUUCGCGGCAACACGGAUUGCAGAAUGGCAAGCAGAGAUGCGACUGCAUCACGACUUACACGAGAGCAAUGGGAGGAGCUGAAGCCUUGUAUCGCUGACCUUCACGGACGAAACUUUACUGUACGCCGGAUCGCAAUCGAUCUGGAGAGCAAGGGAUACAGAACAAGACUCCCACGGCUGAGCCCACCACUUGGGCAACGCAAGAAUGAACAAAGAGGCCAUGCGAGUGGCCAGGCUUCUACAUCAGAAGACUUGGGAAGUCUGGGGCCUGAGAACCUCGCUCGUCAAGACUCGAAUGCACCACCAGAGCAUGUUAUGGAGGCAGCAGCAGCCGACCUGAAUUCAGGUCGCCUUCAGGGUACGCCGCUGCUACCUCAGAGCCUUCCAAGAAUCAUUCCUGCACUGUCUGGCGUCAUUGAUAGGCGCGACAGACUUAGACAGCAUACAAUGACCUCCACCUGUAAUUGGUACCAAGGUUUCGCAGAACGGACUGCUGGGCUGCCGAAAGCACCAGAGGACUGGGGGUCAACUGAGGUGUUCUGGGAGAUGAUGUUACGUCGGGAGCUUACCGCCGAGGUCUGUCAUAGCAUCUUCGAAGCGACUAUGACUUAUCUCAGCAGCAUUUAUCAGCAUGAAAAUACGGCUAGUAGUGCAUUGCAGCUGCAGGUACUGUUUAGCGCUGCUCUGACGAUGCUUCAGGAGUACAAACUUGCAGAGCACGUCUCACACGACGUUCAGAUCAAAGCCGAUGCAACUGGUGACACGGAAAACCAUCUAGCGGCGUGCGGCAUGCUUGGUAUUGUCCGAGCAUUCCAGCUCAGGUUCGACGAGUCCAAGGAACUGAUGCUCCGAGUGGUGGAAAUGGCACGUACGGGGAUACUUUAUGGAAGUGACACGUAUCGCUACAGCAUCUGCGGGUCUGCGCGGGUCUGCAAAGUCCUGGGCCAGUUUGAAGAAGCAGAGAAGCUAGCUCUGGCAAGCCUCAUAUGCUUUCCCGCGUCAACAUGGUCCGCCACUUGCAUCGACUUUAUCUUCGACGCGAGAAUUUCGAAGGCUCUCCAGCAGAAUGUUGGCCGGGAGCAUAGGCUGACUAAGAGGACUCAGCACUACAGCGCCGCUCUGCCAAUGCAUUCACCGUUCUUCUGCUCCUCCGUUUCGACGCCAAUGGUGGGAUCAAUCCUGGCUCGCUGGGCAUUCGCAUCAAACCCCUACCACUUCAUACCGGCUAAGACGAGCGCAAGACCAUUGGCAAUCUUGCGGCUCGAACCACUUCCAAACUCGAUCUCAAGAGCACCACCUCAUCCUCUCCGCAGUCCUCUGAAACCUUUGAUUCUGAGCUCCUUUCGGAAGUCCACAUCGAUAAAGCCGAUGAAAUGGAGCAUUCCUUUAGCUGCUGUCGCUUCAUCUACUGCUUUGCUGACACAGUCAUCGAGAACCGAAAGAAUGAAGAAGAAAGUCGCAAGGCUCGUAGGUUUUGAUACGGCACUGCAUCCCGGCAGCUUUGAUGCCUUGACAUGCCACUGGAUGAAGUUCAGCUCGGUGACGGACCUAGCAUUCUUGCUUAAUUAUCGCUAUCUCCGCCCAAGAAUUCAUCAUACAAAUGCCCUGAUACAUAUACAUGCCCUCCCGAACUUCUACCAUCCUCUCUUCUAUCCUCAUAGUAUACCACCCACCCACGGAAAUGCUCUCACAUAUACACACGCCCCUCCUCAACUUCUGACACCCUCCAACGGACCAAGACCCAGUCCGAGUCUGAUACCAGUGACAUCGUCGGCCGAGCAUUGGCCAAAUCGGUCGCCGUUCUGGUUGUGCAGCAAGUCCGUGCAAGCUCCAUCUGCUUCAUCUCCAACGCAACGCCCCGGUGGCGCAGAGCAGAAAAGUCCGGCAACGGGAACGAGGUCAUUGACCUGGCAGCAGGAGUAUGUCCCAGUGCAGCCAGCGCCAUUAUCCUCCGCUAAUCAUUUUUCAGCUUUUUUUUUUUCAAAUCUCAUAUUUGGGAGUUUGAGGCUCCACUUACCGAUGAUGCAGUUGACGGUUGCCGGUUUCUUUGACUGGUGCAAUGCCUCCGUUGAAAGUCGCAGCACAGCAGUGAAGUUGUCCUCCAUCUGUGCAGGUCGGCGCCUGACGGCUUUCCAAGUGAGGUUUUGGGCUUGCGAUCACCGAUGCCACGCAGAGGGCCGAAGCGAGAAUGAGUUUGUGGAACAUGGUGUAUUUUUAAAACGAAGAGAUGUAGAUGCAAAAGAGGAGAUCUUGCUGUCUUUUUCUCUCAUGCUCGAAACAUCUCAGAAAAUUGUUGAUGACCAUCAUCAUCAUACCCGAGACAUUCUGAUACAGUAUGACGCGGAGCAAAAGCCUAACGUAAAUGGUGAUGGUGAUGUGGCUACGGUGGUGGCGAGUCUGCCUGAGAAUUCCGAUUCCAAGAACUUUCAUCGUCAUCAUCAUCUUUCUCGAAACCUUUCGUCACAUUGUGGAAUGGGCAAGGAGGCGUGGUACCGAUAG